AUGAAUUCUUUCACAUGUAACCUUGGGCUCUCAGUGGAUAAGGAAUCACCGCCAAGUAAUUCGACACUGGAUUAUUCGUCAACAGAAAGUUUGAUCAGUUCUAGCGAUUUGGAUAGUGAAUCUAAUGAAUCCACAGAAGGUACCAUCACAGAAAUAUCACCAAAACCUCGUGAAUUCAUGUAUGAAUCGGAUUCAUCAAUUGGGACAACACAAUCUCCCGGACAUAUGUACGAAUCGGAUACAUCAACUGAUACGGAGCAAGACAUGCUGCAAAGUUCCGCAUAUGACGUAAUGGAUGAUUCCGAAGAGAGUGAAUACGAUGAAUUAUUAUCAUCUCAACACGACGAAGUAAAUUCAACUUUACAUAUUGUAGGAGAAUCCUUUAGUCCGAAUACCAAGAUUGAUUAUCAUACUAGUAACAAAACGGUCGAAAAAAGCGCGAAUACAGUUAUUGUUUCCGAUAAAUCCUUGAUGAGAAAGUCACUAUUAGACAUUGCAUCAUUAUGCUCUCCCACAACAAAUAGAACAGGCGGUCAACCAGAACAAUCUUCUCAUGAUGAUGAGGAUGGGGAUAAUUCAAAUCGCAAGCGUAAAUAUGAAAGUGUUCAAAAAGAUCAAUUACAUGUUUGCUCUGAACCAUCUUGUAAAAGAAGAUUCACACAAACGGGUGAUUUAAAGAGACAUGAACGUAUUCAUACUGGCGUAAAACCAUUUUCUUGUGAAGAGUGUGGACGAGGAUUUUCUCGGGUAGAUACUUUGAAGGAACAUAAACGUACUCACACCGGUGAAAAGCCUUACACGUGCAAUUAUUGCCAUAAAAGUUUUAGUAAAUCUGGUAACUUGCGACAACAUCAACGUACUCACACAGGAGAACGUCGUUACAUUUGUCAGGAACACGGAUGUAAUAAAAAAUUUAUGUAUUCAGGAGAUUUGAAAAGACACAACCGUUCCCAUACGGGAGACAACCCUUACGAAUGUAAAUAUCAAGAUUGCAACAAAAAAUUUGCAAGGAUGGAUACUUUAAAAACACAUCAACGAGUUCAUAUCGCAAAAGAAAAAUUGGCUUCUGAAGUCGCAAAAAAGGAACAAGAAUUAAAAAUGCAUCAAUUUAUAAAUACGGAAAAUCGACCAUUUGCAUGUGCAGAGGAAGGUUGUGAUAAAAGAUUCAUGCGUUCCGGAGAUUUAAAAAGACAUCAACGUGGGCAUACUGGUGAAAGACCUUAUCAAUGUGAUCACCCAGGAUGCGCUAUGAGAUUUGGACGGAUGGAUACGUUAAAGUCACAUAAACGUACUCAUAUUAGUAAGGAAGCUGUUUGUAAUGAACCUGGAUGUAAUAAGAAAUUCACAAAGAAAAGCAACCUUCGCUCCCACCAACUAAUUCACGUUGGAGAAAAACGCUUUAUCUGUAAAGAAGCGGGUUGUGGUAAGAAAUUUAUGCGUUCUGGUGAUUUAAAGAGACACGUUCGUGGACAUACUGGUGAGAAACCUUACGUUUGUGAAGAAUCUGGGUGUAACAAAAAGUUUAGUCGUUUGGACACUUUAAGAACACAUCAACGUACUCAUAUUGUGCCUAAAGAAAUGUUUCAUUAA